CCGUAGCGUAAGUGUAACUAGGAAGUGAUGUGGUUACUAUGAAACACAGGAAGAAAGGCGGUUGUCUAUUAUCGUUGUAGAUAAUGCGCCCUUUUGUGCCUAACUUCUGCCUCAUCAAGAUCUUACUUUAGUAGGUAUAAUCAGGGCCAAAUGGCUCUACCAACCUUGUGUGCACACGCACCCAGCCGUGCCCGUGUGCUGGAGAGACAGAUGGCUCGGCAGCGGGAACAGGAGGCCCGUUUGCGCCAACAGUGGGAGCUGCACUCUCAGUACUUCAAGGAACAGAACGUCCACGGCCGCAAACAGGCAGCCUGGAGCUCCCGCCAGUCCUACCAACAGAGCAUGUCUGCGUACCACGGAGAGCGGGAGAAGGAGGCACGCCGGCUACGCCUGGAGGAGCGCCGCGGGUGUCUAGCGGUCAUGCUGGAGGAGGAGCGCACAUGCCUGGAGGAGGAGCUGCGGGGGCUGCAGCCCGACCGGAGAUCCCUGCUUGCUCAGCUGGUGCAGAAGACCGAUGCGCUCCGCUCUGCCAGGGAGGACAGGAGGAGGAAGCUUGCCCAGGAGCUUCUGAAGGAAACGUGGAGGAAGAACAAUCCAGAGCUGAGAAAGGUGGAAUCUGAGCUCCAUAAAGACCAUGUCGUCAGCCGCUGGCAGGAGCAGCUGUGUGCGAAAAAAGAGCGCGAGCAGGAAGAGAAGGAGGAAAAGAGGCGCUACGAGAACCAGUUUGAGGAGAGCCGGCGCCUAGCUCUGGAGAGGACCCAGCAGGAGGAGCAGAGGAGAAGAGAGGAGGAGCACACCAGGGCAGCAGAGCUCCGUCAACAGAUGGAGGAGCUGAAGCUCCGUGAGGCCGAGGCCAGUCGGCUGCAGAAGGAACAGGACGCUCUGCUGGCACAGCAGGGGGUGCUGGAGAGACUGGAGGAGGACAGGAGGAGAGCAGAAGAGAAGAGGAAGAAAUCAGAGAUGGGACGUUUUCUGGUCCGCCAAUACCGAGCCCAGCUGAAGAGGAGAGCCCAGCAGGUACAGGAGGAGCUGGAGGCUGAUCGCAGGAUCCUGGCGGCGCUACUGGAGGGUGAGCAGGAGGACAGGAAGCUGCAGAGCGAGCGGCGGGAGCGCGCGGCGGCCGACGCCGAGUGGAUGAAGAGGGUCAUCGAGGAGCAGCUCCAGCUGGAGCGGGAGAGGGAGGCGCAGUUCACCCUCCUGUACAGAGAGGAGGCCCAGAGCGUCUGGGAGAAACGUGAGGCCGAGUGGGAGAAGGAGAGGAAAGCACGUGAGCGACUCAUGCGCGAGGUUCUGGAAGGGAGGCGGCAGCAGAUCGAGGCCAAGAUGCGUGGUAACCGCGAGGAGCAGGAGGAGUCUCUCCGCAGGAGGGAGGAGCUGCUGCAGGAGCUUGAGGCGGAGGGGGAGACCCGACGGCAGGAGAAGGAGCGCCAGGAGGAGCACAGGACCGCACGCGUGCAGGAGCUGGACGCACAGGUGGAGGAACAAAGGCGAUGCCAGUCGGAGGAGGAGCGGCGCAGAAGGGAGGAGGAAGAGGAGGAGCGGGAGGCUCUUCGUGUCCAGGAUGACGAGUUGAGAAGGGAGACUGAAAGGUUGAGCAGGCUGGGCUUCCAGGAGAAGAUUCACAGCAGACCUCGAUCUGCAUGGACAUGACGAAUUGCCAAGACUGAAGUCCAUGCACGAUA